AUGUUCAGCUUGAAGACAGUCGGCCUGUUAGCCGCCGUCAUCAUUAGGACCCAAGCUCUACAGGUGAAGCGUGACACUCCUCGCAGUGACCUUACCUACAAACCCAAUUACUUUAACCAGAAGAUCAACCACUUCCCCGAGAAUGGGCUGCCAUACGCGAAUACCACCUUCACCCAGCGAUACUAUGUCGAUAGUUCGUACUACAAGCCAGGUGGUCCAGUGUACCUCUAUAUCGGUGGAGAGACAAGUGGGCCCAGUAGGUUCUCGAAUCUGCAGUCAGGCAUAAUUCAGAUUCUCAUGGAGGCCACCAAUGGCUUGGGAGUCAUUCUGGAGAACCGAUACUACGGAGAGAGCUAUCCGUUCAAAACUUCUACCACGGAUGAGUUGACAUUCCUCACCACGGCCCAGACCAUCGCGGACAACAGCUACUUCGCACAGAAUGCCGUCUUCCCUGGGGUUGACCCUAACCUCACGGCCCCUGGCACUCCUUGGAUCUUGUACGGUGGCAGUCUGGCCGGAGCUCAGACGGCUUUCUCGGUCAAGCAGCAUGGAGACGUACUCUACGGAGGAAUUGCGUCGUCAGCACCUGUUGAGGUUGUCGUGGGUUAUCCCGAAUGGUACUCGCCAAUCCAGAAGUACGCACCGCAGGGCUGCGUGAUGCGAAUCAACAACAUUGUCGACAACUUCGACAUGCUGAUUGCUAAGAAUCUCAGUACAGCUGUCAAUGAGUUCAAGGCUCUCUUCGGCCUCGAGGUCUUGACCGAUCACCGGGACUUUGCUGCGGCGAUUGCUGAUCCUAUCGGUAACCCAGGCUCCUACCAUUCGAACACAUGGCAGGAGCUGAACUGGAACUCGAGCUACGGGUCACGGGACUUCUUCUACUUCUGUGGAAACGUCUCCGAUAUUGAUGCCCCUGAGGAGAUCACCCGAGUGGACUACGCCUUGAGCAACUAUACGAAUGGCAUGCCAUGGACUGGUCUGGGUAGUUAUGCAAACUACAUCAAGACGUACACCUUGCCUCUGUGCGCUUCGGGUGAUUACAAUAGUAACGGCGACUGCUUUGGAACACAAAACCAGAGCUACUGGGAGGACACCACGAACAGCGAAAGUCGCUCGUAUGUGUACACAAGCUGUACGGAACAGGGGGCAUACAUCGAUGCGCCAAAGGAGGGUCCUAGCCUGCUCUCACGCGUCGUCGACACUUCCUACGAACAGCAGUGGUGUACAUGGGCUUUCCCGGAUGGCAAAUACAACAAAGUCCCGCCCUCUCCAGACAUCAGCGUGUACAACAGCUUUGGCGGCUUCAACAUCACCGCCGAUCGACUAGCCUUCAUCGACGGCGACCAAGACGUCUGGAACGGACUGUGUUACCACUCCCCGCUCGCUCCGCCACGCACCCAGACUUCCGAUCUGCACCCGGAGCUCUUCAUCACGGGAGCCGGCCAUCAUUGGGACUCCGCGGGUAUCCUGGAUGUGGAGGCCGAGCCUCAGUUUAUCAGGGAGGCUCACUUGUGGGAGAUCAGGACUGUGAAGAAGUGGCUUCGUGACUUUGAUGCUUGGAAGCAUGGCAAGGGGAUUAGGCGUCAUUAG